AUGAGUAUUAAUCAAGAAAUAGUAAAAGAACACAUCGAUUUGAUCUAAGAAAUUGAUAACCAAUAACAACUCUUAAAUUAACCACAUUACAGAGAUGAUGAUGAACAAGUACAAUAAUUUUAUAAUCUUAGUAAGUUGAACAAUAUCUAGAAGAAGACUAAGUUCUUGUCUAUUCUCCUUAUUAACUCUCUUAAUUAAAGAAACCAAUACCUUAAACUAUAGAUGAAUUUCAUCUAGAUGAGGAUUCAAAAAAGAAAGUGUGUAUUGAAGAAUGCUCAACCACUGAGUAAUCAUUAGACCAUCAUGCAAUGGGAGACUUAGAAAUACUAGUUGUGAUGUUAUAAAGAGAAAAUUAGAAAAAGUUCUCUUAUCCAAAACAUCUUCCAAUUCCAAAUAAUGUUGAUGAACAUUUAUCUAAUUUAAGAAUGAGGUUCUAACCAUCCCAAAAACAAGAAGAAUUUAUAUCUACUUAUAUUAAAUCUGAUGAUAUCAUAAGAAUCAAAAUUGGAUUAUGUGAUGAAAUUCUUAAUGAUGAGGAGACACUUAAAUUUGAAGAUUGGGUAUAACAAUUAUGUACUUUAACUAAUCAUGAAACAUUAAAAGAAAUGGCUAGAAAAUAGAAAGUAAUUAGAUAUAUAGAAAAAAAACAUAAUCGAACAUAUGAGAAGAAAGUUCAUUAUCAUAUUCGAUAAAAAGUUGCUGAAGAGAGAUUAAGAGUUAAAGGCAGAUUUGUUACAUGGACAUAAGUAUUUUACAUCAAAAUAUUAUUAGGCCUUAAAAAUGUUGAAUCAAUAAUAAGACACAAUAAAAUCAUGGACAAAUAAUGAUUACUGUAAAAUUAAAAAUUUACUUAAUGAAAAAUUUGGAGCUAUUAGAACCGAAAGAUCCUUAAAAAUUUGA